GGUUUUUUCCAAUUUUCAAUUUUAUUCUCGGUAUAUCAAAAACCACUUGUUAAAAUAGAUUAAUGAUCGAUUCCCACUGUGUUUCCAUGGUGAUCUUUUUCUUGCUUGUUCAAUUACCUCAGUUUUCGAACGAAAACCUUCGCGAUUAUUCGAAUUCUUUUCUGCAGUUUGAACUAUUGCGCAUAUAAUACUUACUCUUCUCAGCGGUUGUACAUUCUUUAAAAAUAUAUUUUACGUAAAUCUUCUACGUGUAUUUGAAAAAAAAAAAAUGGCGACCGCGAUCAAAGAACAACGCACAAUUCCUUCCUUGGAUACGCUUGUCAAAUAUGAUACUCCAGUUCUGAUUACAACUCAUCCAGAGAAGCCACGCAAGGAACCGGUUACCAGAAUCGGCGUGUCCGCUUGCAAAAUCCAAACUGCCGCACCCUUGGUUGAUGUGCGGCGAGAAACUUUCGAAAUUCUAAAUAGAAUUCUGCCGCCAAAAGAAUGGGAAGAGGACGGCCAGAUAUGGGCUCAACAUCUGUCGAGUACUCCUGCAACAAGAUUGGACGUGAUCAAUUUGCAAGAGCAACUUGACAUGCGACUGCAGCAGAGACAAGCCAGGGAGACGGGUAUUUGUCCAGUUCGUAGGCAGCUUUAUACACAAUGUUUCGAUGAGUUAAUACGACAAGUGACUGUAAAUUGCGCGGAACGUGGAUUACUUUUAUUGAGGAUAAGAGACGAACUUAAAAUGACACUGGCUGCGUAUCAGACAUUGUAUCAGAGCAGUAUUGCCUUCGGGAUGCGUAAGGCGCUGCAGUCCGAACAAGGAAAAGAAGAUCUGAUUCACACAGUUGAAGAAUUACAAGCGCAGAAAGCUGAAUUAGAAAGAACAGUUGCGGAAUUGAAACUCAAGUAUGAUUGUUUGGAGAAGAGAGCGGCCGAAAUGCGGGAGGCGGAGGAGAAGAAACACAUGGAAGAAGUGCAAUUUCUCAAAAAAACAAAUUUGCAAUUAAAGACUCAGUUGGAAGGUAUUAUAGCGCCUAAAAAAUAGGAAAAAAAAAAAAAACAGGUUUACGUGGUGAAUUACAUUUAUCAAUAUGUAUGUGUGUGUGUGUAUUCUUAUACAAUUGUUCAAUAAUUAAAAAUGAAUCAGCAAAUCUUGUCGCAAAGUAUAUAAAUGUGUUUGAAUAGGAAUAAGAAACAACACACCCAUAUAAAAUUCCAAAUAAAUGCACAUUCUGUAGAUAAACUAAUAAUGUUUUAUUGCAAAAAUGCGCACAAUCGAUUUUAUCUUUACAUAUAAACUAUCUUACUUUAUCUUUUCUUUUUCAACUUCAAAUUUGGCGAAAUAGUCUAAAGAUACAUUAUUGUACUUUAACCACCCUAAAUCAGUAAAAGUUUUACUAGCGGAUUCGGAUUGGAAGAUUAUUAAUGAUGUAUAUACGCGCGUAAAUAACGGUACGUUACAAAUGCUUUCGAAGUGAUGAUUUCGCUGUUAUACCGCAAAAAUAUAUUGCAAAGACAAAAUUAAGAGAAGAGGCAGCGAAAACAUAAAAUACGGCAUAUAUUCUGUAUGAUAACAGUCACUAAUAAGUAAUAUAUAUAUGUAUGUGUAUGUAUGAAUUGGCACUUCUAAUCCUCAUACAAUAUUGAUAAUUGAAUAUUGUUGUUGAUUUUGCCAUUGAACAUUUAUGAUAUCAACAACUACUUUGGAUGCUGGGUAGCUGGGUUUAAUAUGAAACAUAAUCUUUUGUUGUUUUUGUUGUUUUUCCGUGCGCAUAUAUAUAGACAACUUCCCAACACCCAACUCCUCAUAUAUAUAAUAUAUAUAUAUCGAUAAAACACGAUGCUUUUUAAGAGUGUGCCUUCAUUAAAGACAUAUAGGAAAGUUGACGUGCUGGCUUGGAUUUUCUUCAUUGGUCCCUCGUUCUUAAUCGCACUUUAAACCGCACUUUAAAUCGCAAUUUUGUUCAAUUUUGCUUAUUAUUUACAUUUACAUGGAAAGUUCACGUUUCUAUUCACAUCAUUUGUCGAAUAAAUAUGCAUCAUAACCGUUCCGGAUUAAAAAAUAAUGUUAUGUUUGUGUGUGUAUGUGUAAUACUCGGUAUAAAAUAAUACUUAAAUAUGUAAGGUAAACAAUAAUACGAAUAUAUAUCAUAUAGAUAACAAAUUAAGUGUGAAUAUUGUGAUGUCUUAAUUAAAUAAUUCAGAGUCUCUCUUGCAUAUAUAUAUAUAUAUAACCGAACUAUCUUGCACGUACAACUAUAAAAAAUACAUUCUUAGACAUUAAAUAUGUAUGCGUACAGACUCGAGAUAUAUUUUUUCUGUUGAAUAAAAUCAUCAAAUAUCUGCGAUGGUCUACAUUUUGCACGAGCUUACUGGCUCCACAAUGUUAAUAAUGUGCAAAAAAACUAAAUUAAAUUUUUUAUUCAUGUGAUCUAAAUUAAUAGAUCAGAAUACUUUCGCGUGAAAAACACAGAUAUGUAUAAUAAAUCAAAUAAAUAAAAUAUUCUACAAAAAAAAAAUUGAGAAAGGCUAUUUGCCAAUCCACUAAAGUCUACAACUUAUCAUUGUGUCUCUCUCAACGUUAUUUAAUUAUUUAUAAAUGUACUUUACACGUUACGCAUCAUAUCAAAUUAAUAUUGAUAAAAAUAACAAUUUUAAAAUACUCGUUUUUUUUAUUUACCGAUGCUCCGAUAAAUAUAAACAAUCAGUAUAAGAGAAUGGACGUUUUAUAAAAUGCUACAAUGCGCACACACAAGUAUAAAACAUAUAUAUCUAACAGUUUUACAACUGUUUAUAGGAUUGUAUCACAUCUUCAACAUUUUUUUUAUAAAGAAAUCAUUGUAAAUUUUCUCGAAGGAUUUACAUGCAAAAUUGGAAGUGCGCAUGAUUCUCAUGCGUGUAGAAAUGCAAUCGCGUUCGGCGAUCGUUUGUGUCUUUUUAUCGCAAGAUUUUCGGUUUUGCUGCAUGUACACAUCAUCCUGGCAUGCGGGGAAAAAGUGUGUAGCAAAAAUUAUAUUUAUCGAAUGUAAUAAUCAUAUAUAAAAUCAGAGUAUAUAAAAAUAAU